CAUUUCUCCGCCACUUGAAAACCCUAGUUUCUCUCUGUCGUUUCUCGUUACUUAGGUUUUUAGAUUUUUUUACUUUUUUCAAAUCUUCUUCGUCGACAAAUCUAAUCGCCGUAGACAUGGCUGGUAAAGGAGAAGGUCCAGCGAUCGGUAUUGACCUGGGGACGACUUACUCGUGCGUCGGCGUGUGGCAACACGACCGUGUUGAAAUCAUCGCUAAUGAUCAAGGAAACAGAACAACGCCGUCUUAUGUUGCGUUCACCGAUACCGAACGUUUGAUCGGUGAUGCAGCUAAGAAUCAAGUUGCGAUGAACCCAGUGAAUACCGUCUUUGAUGCAAAGAGGUUGAUUGGUCGUAGAUUCAGUGAUGCGUCUGUUCAGAGUGAUAUGAAGUUGUGGCCAUUCAAGGUUUUUGCUGGUCCUGGUGACAAGCCUAUGAUUAUGGUCAAUUAUAAGGGUGAAGAGAAACAAUUUGCUGCAGAAGAAAUCUCUUCCAUGGUCUUGAUUAAGAUGCGUGAGAUUGCUGAGGCAUAUCUUGGUUCUACUAUCAAUAAUGCUGUGGUCACUGUCCCUGCUUACUUUAAUGAUUCUCAGCGUCAAGCCACCAAGGAUGCUGGUGUCAUUGCUGGUCUCAAUGUCAUGCGUAUCAUCAACGAGCCCACAGCAGCAGCCAUUGCCUAUGGUCUUGACAAGAAGGCAACAAGUGUCGGCGAGAAGAAUGUCCUAAUCUUUGAUCUUGGUGGUGGUACUUUUGAUGUCUCUCUUCUGACCAUUGAAGAGGGUAUCUUUGAGGUGAAGGCCACAGCUGGUGAUACUCAUCUUGGUGGUGAAGAUUUUGACAACAGAAUGGUGAAUCACUUUGUUCAAGAGUUCAAGAGAAAGAACAAGAAAGACAUUAGUGGCAACCCCAGAGCUCUUAGGAGGUUGAGAACUUCAUGUGAGAGAGCUAAGAGGACUCUUUCAUCCACUGCCCAGACCACCAUUGAAAUUGACUCUCUUUAUGAAGGUAUUGAUUUCUACUCCACCAUCACCCGUGCUAGAUUUGAGGAACUUAACAUGGAUCUGUUCAGAAAGUGUAUGGAGCCAGUUGAGAAGUGUUUGAGGGAUGCCAAGAUGGACAAGAGCACGGUCCAUGAUGUUGUCCUUGUUGGUGGUUCUACCAGAAUUCCAAAGGUUCAACAGCUUUUGCAAGACUUCUUUAAUGGAAAGGAGCUCUGUAAGAGCAUUAAUCCUGAUGAGGCUGUUGCCUAUGGUGCUGCAGUACAAGCUGCUAUAUUGAGUGGUGAGGGUAAUGAGAAGGUGCAGGAUCUGUUGCUCUUGGAUGUCACUCCUCUCUCCCUUGGUUUGGAAACUGCUGGUGGUGUCAUGACUGUUUUGAUUCCUAGGAACACAACCAUCCCCACCAAGAAGGAACAGGUCUUCUCUACUUACUCGGAUAACCAACCUGGUGUGUUGAUCCAAGUCUAUGAAGGUGAGAGAACAAGGACCAGGGAUAACAACUUGCUGGGUAAAUUUGAGCUGUCUGGUAUCCCACCUGCUCCAAGGGGUGUUCCCCAGAUUACAGUGUGCUUUGACAUUGAUGCUAAUGGUAUCUUGAAUGUAUCCGCUGAGGAUAAAACCACUGGUCAAAAGAACAAGAUUACCAUUACCAAUGACAAGGGAAGACUCUCAAAGGAGGAGAUUGAAAAGAUGGUUCAGGAGGCAGAGAAGUACAAGUCAGAGGAUGAGGAGCACAAGAAGAAGGUAGAAGCCAAGAAUGCAUUGGAAAACUAUUCCUACAACAUGAGAAACACAGUGAAAGAUGAGAAGAUUGGUGCCAAGCUUCAGCCAGCUGAUAAAAAGAAGAUUGAAGAUGCAAUUGAUCAAGCCAUCCAAUGGUUGGACGCUAACCAGCUUGCUGAGGCUGACGAGUUUGAAGACAAGAUGAAGGAAUUGGAGAGCAUCUGCAACCCCAUCAUUGCCAAGAUGUACCAGGGUGCUGGCGGUGACAUGGGUGGUGGCAUGGAUGAGGAUGUUCCUGCUGGUGGUAGCAGUGCUGGACCCAAGAUUGAGGAAGUGGACUAAGUUUUUUCAAUUCGUUUUUGUUUGUUGGAUUUAGCAAUUUAGGUGUUUGAACUGAUAUUUCAUGUUUUAGUGGGGUUUUGAAUGUUCUAAACCCAGCAAAAUGUUGUACGUUUCUUCCGGAUUCUCAAGUUUUUAUUGCAGCUCCCUGCCUUUUUUAAAUUUGAAAUAUUAAAACUCUUUACUAGUUUCCCAGGUUGUUAA